AUGGCCGACAACCCAAGCGCCGCAUGGCCCUUGGCCGAUGAAGCACUGUCCCAGAAGAUUCUGGACACCGUCCAACAGGCUUCUCACCACCGCCAGCUGAGAAAAGGCGCCAACGAAACAACCAAAACUCUCAACCGUGGCACCGCCGAGCUCAUCGUCCUGGCCGCCGACACCUCUCCGCUCGCGAUUCUCCUGCACCUUCCCCUCCUUGCAGAAGACAAGAACGUGCCCUACGUCUACGUCAACUCCAAGACGGCGCUGGGGAGAGCAUGCGGUGUGUCGCGGGCGGUCAUUGCGGCGAGCAUCACGACCAACGAGUCCAGCGAUUUGAUGCCUCAAAUCCGCGAGCUGAAGAAUCGCGUCGAGCGACUCAUGAUCUAG